AUAUGACGUAAGUGGCUUGCCGCGCAGUGAUGAUGGCGGUGCGUGAACGCGCAGCAAAAGUAAUGGCUGCUCUGGAUCGGCGGGUGCCCAGCCUCGAUGAUUUCGUGGGUCAAAGCUGGACUGCCUGGGCCGAGUGGGCCGGCGUGUCAGCGGCUGAUGGGGCUGAUUUGGAUGACUACAGCAAAAAUGGCAAAAAGGCUGCUGAGGCCAUGUCACUCAGCAAAGAAGACAUGUCCAUCUUUGGCCUGUAUCCUGGCCAUGAUGACUUCUACUUGGUGGUCUGCAGCCAUUGUAGUCAAGUAGUGAAGCCACAGGCAUUUGAGAAGCACUGCGAGCGGAGACACGGCCCUCUGGCUAAGUUAUACGCCAGGCUACGCUCUCCCACUCCUGCACCUCAGCCCCAGCAGAGGUCUCACCACAGUCAUUCUCCUUCCCAUGGAACCAACGCUGCUUCAUCCUGGGAAAGUCGAGGCCAGGGCAUUGGGCAACUACGGGCAGCCCCGCCUUCACCUUCUACCCCUCCCCAGUACAAACACUCCAAAUCCUCGAAGGAUGGAUUACGACAUUCUCCACUGGAAAAAUUGUCCUCCCAGGGCAGCCAUACAGAACCAUCAGUAUUCAAGCAACCACCUCCUCUGGAGCCACCAAUGAGCUCUCCACCUCCAUCACUCAGAGAUCCCCCCUGGCCACAUGGAGCCACCCCACCUGGUAGGCUUCCCCACAGUGACAGGCCCCCCACCCAGAGCCAGAGGAAGGAUUCUUUAUCUUCUGUGGUCCCAGGCCAUCGCAUUCCAAGACCCUACAACAAAGUGGCCUCAAAAAGGGAGUGUGACUUGGACAAACACUGUGGUGUCCUCGACCCUGACAGAAAGAAAGUCUGCACACGCCUCCUGACUUGCAACAUCCAUUCCAUUCAUCAGCGGAGGAAGGUGGUGGGCCGCAGCAAGAACUUUGACCAGCUGGUGGCUGAACUCAAAACAAAAGUUCGAGAGAAAGGCACCCAUUUGCUGGAUGGAAGCACCUCCACAGGCAGAUCCCCCAGCCCAGAGGCGCCCAGGGAGCAGGCUGGGGCUCCCCACUGCAGAAGACCUUUGGCUAGCCUUCCAGCUUUCAGUCGAUCUACAGCUGUAUCAAACUGCACCCCAGAGGAGGAGAAGCAGUGUCAGGAUGAAGGGGGCCCCCAAGCUCCUUCUCCUCUGGUCCAAGGAAGAAUUUCCAGUGAUGAAAGUGAUGCAGAAGGACCUGAGGAGCCCAUUGAGCUCCCCUUUUCUACUGCACAUCCCAAACCUUUAGCAGUGUGUUCAUUUGGCAGCCAUGCAUUGGGUCACGGCAUCUAUACGUUCGACAGGAGACUUCACCACCUGAGGUCGGCCCUCAGUAGCAUGCUGGAGCAGCACAUUAGCGCCCAUCUUUGGAAGAAAAUACCUCAAGCCACAGAUCUUCAGUCUUCACCUCUCUCAGCUAAGGCCAUUCCUUCCCCAUGUACCUCCUCCAUAUCUGCCAUGUCCUCAUCUUCAUUACAUCCUAAGGUCCGCACAGGAAGUCACAUAAGUUCUUCCCUCAAAGUGACUUCUUCAUCUUCUUCCAGUCGUGGUCCAGGUAGACCCCCAGCAGCUGUACAGUUAGAGAACCGUGGGACCAGUGGCGGCAGCAUUGGUGGUGGUCAUUUAGUGUCCCCAGGAAAGCCAGUCGCAGUUCGUCAGGUGGGUCCUGGACGACCCAAAAACCCGGUUGGGCGCCCCAGCAAGCAAAUGCUGAAGCUACGAGAGGAGGCUGCUGCUGCAGCCGCUCUUCGCAAGCGAAAGGCCCCUUCCCAGGAAGGGGAGCACUCUGGCCCUGACAGGAACUGCAUCAUCCUUCAAGACAGGGGCCGCCCACCCUCAACCUCCACGCCCUCAUCCUCUUCUAAAGCCCCUAUUCCCUCAUCUCUCCCACACGGACAAACUAACGGCACACUCUCCCCUGGCAGCAAACCCCGCCUCCAGCCCUCUCCCUCAGAGUCCCACUCAUCAGCUGCCAAGGCAGUCUGGACCUAUAAACGGACACACUCUGCUUUUGGCCAUUCAUCGCCCCCAGACCUCUCUGCCUCCACCAACAACUCUCAUAGCCGGGUUGCUGUGGGGGACUCAGGACUGCACGGACAGGGCAGUGGAAGGGGCUUUGAGCACCAGGGGUUGAUGAAGAAACGCAAAGCGGCAAAUAUGGAGGAGCACUUGUCUCCUUCCAAACCCUCAGCGCACCGCCUGCCCUCGUCCUCCUCCAGCUCUGCCCCCUCCCCGUCCCCACGCUCUAACUUCUACUCUUGGAAGGAUAGUAAAGGUGGGGGCCUGACUGGAUGCGUGGAGAAGAAAUUGGGCACACAGAAGCCAAAAUUGCACCAUUAAGUGUGCCUGCCUUACAAGCCACUAAAAGGGAGCCAGCUCUGCUCAGUUCAAGACUGAGGCAACAGGACUCAAAUGUAUGCGUGUGUCUCUUUUGUCUAUUGAACACAAGCUCAAGUAUGAGUAUUUCAGGUGUCUGUAUGUGCAGAGUUUGGAUCUGUGGGUGUGAAUCACAGUAGGUGUGUGGGUCUGUGUGUGUGUGUUUGCUGUUGUCUGGAUGAAUGUGGGAGAACAGGGAGUGGGAGGGUGGGAUUAAAUUCUGAGUAAGGAUUUAGAAAUACCUCAAGACCAUCGGUUAUGCUGCUAAAUUAAAAAUGUUGGUUUAUAAAAAUGAAUUAAAAUGUCCUUUACACUUGCCCUUUGUGUCUUAUUUUUAGAUUCCUACGCCUUCGUAGUAAGUUACUUAUUAAUUUUUUAGCACACACUUGUAGCUCACUUUAUUCAAGCUGUUUGGGAAAGAUUUUUUUAAGCCUUUUCCCACCGUAAACUUAAAAGGGUUAAGGAGAUAUAUCAUUAGAGC